UCUUUUUAUCUCUUUUUGAGAUAUUUAGUCACUAUUUGAACUCUACUAGCACAUGUUUUAGUGUUUAGCUCUUGAUUCCAUCUGAUUUUGCCUAAAUCUUGUGAAUAGUUUUCUUCAUUUUCUUAAUCUUAGUAGUUGUUUACAAUCACUAAGUUAUGGAUAUAAGUAAUGAGGCUAAAGUAGAGUUCAUUUCCAUAGGACCUUCUUCAAUUGUAGGUCGAACAAUAGCCUUUCGAGUCUUGUUUUGCAAAUCAAUAUCGCAGUUGAGGCACAACAUUUUUCAUUUCUUGAUAUAUUACUUGUACAAGAUCAAGAAUUGUCUGUCAUACUACUUGACACCUUUGAUCAAAUGGUUUCACCCGCGUAAUCCACAAGGGAUAUUAGCAUUAGUAACACUUCUAGCCUUCUUGUUGAGGCGCUAUACGAAUGUAAAAAUCAGGGGUGAUAUGGUUUAUAAGAGGAAAUUUUGGAGGAAUAUGAUGAAAUCUGCAUUAACUUAUGAGGAAUGGGCUCAUGCUGCGAAAAUGUUGGAGAAAGAGACACCUAAAAUGAAUGAAGCAGAGUUUUAUGAUGAAGAGUUAGUUGUAAAUAAACUUCAAGAACUUCAACAUCGUCGUAAUGAAGGAUCUUUAAGAGACAUUAUGUUCUUUAUGAGGGCUGAUCUUGUGAGAAAUCUUGGAAAUAUGUGUAAUCCACAGCUUCAUAAGGGUAGGCUUCAUGUGCCUAAACUUAUUAAGGAGUAUAUUGAUGAGGUUUCAACUCAGUUGAAAAUGGUAUGUGAUUAUGAUUCAGAUGAGAUUUUGUUGGAGGAGAAACUUGCUUUUAUGCAUGAAACAAGACAUGCUUUUGGUAGGACAGCAUUGCUUUUAAGCGGGGGCGCGUCUUUGGGAGCUUUUCAUGUUGGUGUGGUUAAGACAUUGGUUGAGCACAAGCUUAUGCCAAGGAUAAUUGCUGGUUCGAGUGUUGGAUCGAUUAUGUGUUCUGUAGUUGCAACUCGGUCUUGGCCUGAGCUGCAGAGUUUUUUUGAGGAUUUUUGGCAUGUGUUGCAGCCGUUUGAACAGAUGGGUGGAAUUCUUACUGUUUUCAGGAGGAUCAUGAGACAAGGGGCUGUACAUGAGAUUAGGCAGUUGCAGGUGAUGUUACGCCAUCUCACGAAUAAUCUUACUUUCCAAGAAGCUUACGAUAUGACUGGUCGAGUUCUAGGGAUUACUGUUUGCUCCCCUAGAAAACAUGAACCUCCUAGAUGUUUAAACUACUUGACUUCACCUCAUGUUGUUAUAUGGAGUGCUGUGACUGCUUCUUGCGCGUUUCCUGGUCUGUUUGAAGCACAAGAACUGAUGGCAAAGGAUAGAAGUGGUAAUCUUGUUCCUUAUCAUCCACCAUUUCAUUUGGAACCUGAUCAGGCUGCAGCUUCUGGUUCAUCUGCUCGUCGAUGGAGGGAUGGUAGCUUGGAGAUUGAUUUGCCUAUGAUGCAGCUAAAAGAGCUAUUCAACGUAAACCACUUUAUUGUGAGCCAGGCGAAUCCACAUAUCGCUCCUUUACUCAGGAUCAAAGAGUUUGUAAGAGCUUAUGGAGGCAACUUUGCUGCCAAGCUUGCUCAUCUUACUGAGAUGGAAGUGAAGCACAGAUGCAAUCAGGUACUGGAACUUGGUUUUCCCUUGAGGGGAUUAGCCAAGCUAUUUGCUCAAGAUUGGGAAGGCGAUGUCACCAUUGUAAUGCCAGCCACUCUUGCUCAGUACUUGAAGAUCAUACAGAAUCCCUCUACUUUGGAGGUUCAAAAAGCAGCAAAUCAAGGGAGGAGAUGCACUUGGGAGAAACUAUCAGCCAUUAAGGCAAAUUGUGGAAUUGAGCUUGCUCUUGAUGAGUGUGUAGCAAUACUCAACCAUAUGCGUAGACUAAAAAGAAGCGCGGAGAGAGCAGCUGUUGCUUCGCAAGGCAUGUCAAGCAGCACAGUCAAACUCAAUGCUUCUCGACGUAUUCCUUCUUGGAAUUGCAUUGCAAGAGAGAACUCAGCAGGCUCCCUUGAAGAAGAAUUUCACGCGGAUCCUGCUUCCUCUCUUCAUCAUCACAAUGCUGGUCGAAACUGGCGUUGUAAUAACAAGAAUGCUGCACAUGAUCAUCAUGGUAGUGAUAGUGAGUCUGAAAACGCGGAUAAUAAUUCUUGGACAAGAUCAGGUGGUCCAUUGAUGAGGACAACAUCAGCUGAUAAGUUUAUCGACUAUGUACAAAACUUGGAAAUGCAUCCUUCACAACGAUCGAACAGAGGACUGAGUAUUGACCUCAACAAUGUUGUAGUCAGGGAGCCCCUUUCUCCGAGUCCACGAGUGACAACACCUGAUAGGAGAUCAGAUACAGAAUUUGAUCAAAGAGACAUCAGAACUAUCGUUGCUGAAGGUGAUUUGCUACAGACUGAAAGGACUAACAAUGGGAUUGUAUUCAAUGUGGUAAGGAGAGGAGACUUAACUCCAUCAAACAGGAGUCUUGAUUCAGAAAACAACAGUUGCUUUCAUAAUCCAGUGGCCGAAUGCGUGCAACUCGAAAAUCCUGAGAAGGAUAUAGAUAUAAGUUCAGCAUCAGAAGAUGGAGAAACAGAAAAUGCAGUACUAGAUGAAGUAACAAAAAAUCAGAUCAUAUAAGAUAUGACA